AUGGAUCCCUUCAAUGCGAGUUGGUGGACCAAUAUGGCCUGGCACGGCUAUUCGCUCAGCGAGGACGGGACUAAGUUCUGUGAGAUGCUUCCGACUAAGAUCAACUCUUUCGGUUUGUCGGAGAAAAUUCUUCACAAAUCAGUAGGGUUGUAUUUUUGGGAAUAUCCUCUACCCAAUCUAGAGCUCAUUAUUCUCUCGGUAUUUUUCUUCUGGCAGUUCUUUGAGAUCUUGUUCAAAAUGUCCAAUAUUCCCAUUCCUAAAAUGCCUUCCAUGAUGCUUGGGUGUGUGGUCAUCAACCUGUUUUCUUACACCAGGCCAGGCUCUUUGCUUCAUCGGAUGUUUUUCCCGGACGACGGGAGGCCAAAGGUUGCCGAGACCGGGGGUGCAUUCGGGUUUGUAAUGUACUGGUUCCUUAAAGGCGUGUCUAUAGACGUUGGGAUGCUUAGAAAAACCGAACCGAGGGCUGCUUUAAUUGGGUUCAAUACAUUGGUCAUCCCAUAUAUAUCCGGUUACAUUCUAAUGAGGACUAGGAAACAUUUUGGGAAGUUGGCAAUGACGGAACUUCAAUACCAGGAAAUCAUAUUAUUGCAAAGUUUAUCAUCAUUUGCUGGUGUGAAUGGACUCUUGACAGAUCUCAAGAUCAACCAUUCCGAGUUUGGACGAAUGGUUCAGUCUUGUGCCGCGGUCACUGACUUAGUAAUCUUUAUAAUGGUCUCCGGGACCGUUCUUUUAAAAGGACAAAAAGGUUUACCACAUGGUAUUGUUAUCGUUUUGGUUAUAGGCUUCUUGGUCUACAUCGUAUGGCCGGUCAUGUUAUGGAUUAUCAAGCAGACACCAGAAGGCAGGCUGGUUAAAGAUGUCUACAUUUACUUGGUUAUGGCUACCGCAUAUUUUGUUUACAUGUUUUGGCUUAAUUUCUUUCAAUUCUCAACAUAUGGCUGGUUUAUUAUCGGUUUGGCUACCCCGGCUGGGCCUCCACUCGGAUCGGCUCUCAUUCAAAGAUUUGAAUGUUUUAACGUUGGUGUUUUGUUGCCGCUCUUUGGAUCUCUUAGCAUGGAACAACUAGAUAUAUCGUGGUUGAUGCGAGAGAUACUGAACCUUAAACACAUGGAGGGCUUCGCUUAUGAAGCUAUUUCGGUUAUCUUGAUCGUCACCGUGGUUAAAUUUGUCGUCACAGCAAUAACUGCUUUUGCUGUGAGAAUUCCAUACCGAGACUCCAUUGUUUUAGCCAUGGUUUUGUCAAAUAGAAGUAUCUUUGAGCUCGGCUACCUCGGCUACAUUGUCGAACUUAAAAUGUUCGACAACAAGAGCUUCACGAUCGCGGCUCUAUCAGUACUUGUCAGCUCGCUAUUGACACCGAUCGCGAUAGAAUUCAUGUACGAACCACAACAUAUCUUUAGUAGUUACCGAGAUAGGAACAUGUUAACCUUGAAACAUGACUCUAAGCUGAAGACCCUUGUGUGUAUUCACAAGCCUGACCACAUAACAUCCAUGGUCAACUUUGUGGAACUUUUUAACCCAACACAAGAAUCAAAAUUAGAAUGCAAUGUUCUUCACCUUGUGGAGCUCAUAGGUCAGGCCAUUCCUACCUUCAUUUCCCACAAGAUGCAAAAGCCGAAGGUUGGAACACGCUCUUGCUCCCGCAAUGUCAUAACUGCAUUCUUAAGCCUUCGUAGACAUUUAACCAAAGAGGCAAUUUCCAUUGACAUCUUUACAUCUGCUAGCUUGGUAGAGCACAUGCACGAGGACCUCUGUUGGCUUGCCCUUGACAAGAAUGUAGCUCUCGUUGUACUUCCUUUUCACCGUUCUUGGUCUGUUGACCGCUCAACCAUUGUCUCUGACGACAAGGCCAUGCAGAAUCUCAACCACAAAGUCUUGAAAAGAGCGUCUUGCUCUGUUGGAAUCUUCGUCUACCGGAAACCUUUAUGGGAAUCUCAAAUGCACGGCUCAUGUUACAAGGUGUGUGCAAUAGUUGUGGGAGGGAAAGACGAUAAAGAAGCCUUAGCAUUCACCAACCGUAUGAGGAGAAACAAGCAGACAAGCGUAACCAUCUUACACCUCAUACCUCAACUUACUACCGAGGAAAGCGAAGACUCGGUGCAGAAGUUGGAUUACGAUGACAUAAAAGAGAUAAUGAAGACUGAGGAUUCAAAUGAAAAUGAUUCAUGGAUAUGUAUAGAAAAAAGCGUCAAAGAAGGGGCUGAGACUUCAGUGAUACUUAGAUCAAUAGCGUAUGAUUAUGAUUUGUUUAUAGUUGGAAGAAGUAGCGGAAUGAAUAGCGCAGUUACAAAAGGAUUAAAUGAAUGGACAGAGUUCGAGGAACUUGGAGCCCUCGGAGAUGUUAUAGCGUCAAAGGAGUUUCCUUCAAGGGCAUCUGUCUUGGUCUUGCAACAGCAACAAUAUUAG